CUUCUCCCCCCUUCUCCUUCUUCAUUGCAAAAUCAUCCUCCCAUCACAUAAACAUGCUUAUCCGAAAGAACAACCCUUCCGCACCAUGGCUCGUCUACAUGUUGAUUCCGCGAAUGGCGCAGGCAGGAAUGGCUUAUGCCAGACUGGGGAAGCGUUCCACCACCACCAUUACCGUGGGCUGCGAAAGUACGCUGACUUUAGACAGUAUGCCUCCUUACUACAUCACCGCCGCCGCCUGCACCGCCACCUCGGCGUCCUGUCCCUGCGCCCCGAACUACGUAUGCGAUGAAAUCGCUCCAUGUCUGUGGGGUUGCGAAUCUCGCAGAGGCCACCACAUGCCCACCACGACCAUCACCAGCACCCACAUGGUGACUGCAGUUACGCCAACAUCCUCCUCUAUGGUGACUGCAGUCUCGCCAACUUCCUCCUCCCUGGCCAAUCCAUACCCGGGCCAACCACCUUAUGCUGGAUCCAAUGUCAACAGCUAUCUCCCGUGUGUCCCGGGUUCAUUCAUUUGCAUCGACAGCACAACAUGGGACACUUGCGACUACAACACGCUCGGGCAGUGGGUCUACGAAUACCCUCGAUCGGUUGCGGCGGGCAUGAUGUGUUUGCCUGCGUUGUCGUCGUCUGACAGCGGCUCUUCAACAGGCCAGCAAGGCAACACGCCCGCGGGUUACUAUCGAGAUGAUCAGAUCGUCGGGGCGGGUUCUUGAGGGAUCUCUCGGUCGUGCGAUGACUUCAGCCCCUGACUUUAUGCAAUGCUUAGCUCAUAUAGAUCAUGUCUCUAAGCGUGUCGACUAUCAACUCUUCAAACUAUCAAUCACAACUUUCAAGACUAAUCGACCAUCCUCAUCCUUGGUCUUGCCCGCCAUGUUGAAAGCAUUU